UGCGGCUUUCCGUCGAGCUGCGCCUGCGCAAGUUAUUGGCGCCAAGAUGGCGAUGGAGAUGAGGCUUCCUGUAUCUCGGAAGCGGCUUAGCGAGAGUCUGGGGCGGGAGACUAAGAAACACCUAGUGGUGCCGGGGGACACCAUCACUACGGACACCGGCUUCAUGCGGGGCCAUGGAACAUAUAUGGGGGAAGAGAAACUCGUUGCAUCUGUGGCUGGCUCUGUGGAGAGAGUAAACAAGUUGAUUUGUGUGAAAGCUUUGAAAACCAGAUAUAAUGGUGAAGUGGGAGACAUUGUAGUGGGGAGAAUCACAGAGGUUCAACAAAAGAGGUGGAAGGUGGAGACCAACUCCAGGCUGGAUUCAGUGUUGCUUCUUUCGUCCAUGAACCUCCCUGGAGGAGAAUUGAGGAGAAGAUCUGCAGCAGAUGAGCUUGCAAUGAGAGGCUUCUUACAGGAAGGGGACCUUAUCAGUGCUGAGGUCCAGGCAGUUUUCUCUGAUGGAGCUGUCUCUCUGCACACGAGGAGCCUGAAAUAUGGAAAACUAGGUCAGGGUGUUUUGGUCCAGGUUUCCCCCUCCCUGGUGAAACGGCAGAAGACCCACUUCCAUGACUUGCCGUGUGGUGCAUCAGUGAUUCUGGGUAACAAUGGCUUCAUAUGGAUCUACCCGACACCUGAACACAAAGAAGAGGAUGCAGGGGGCUUCAUUGCAAACCUGGAGCCUGUCUCCCUUGCCGAUCGAGAGGUGAUAUCCCGGCUUCGGAACUGCAUCAUCUCACUGGUAACUCAGAGGAUGAUGCUGUAUGACACCAGUAUCCUGUACUGCUAUGAAGCAUCUCUUCCACACCAGAUCAAAGAUAUCAUAAAGCCAGAAAUAAUGGAAGAAAUUGUGAUGGAAACACGCCAGAGACUUUUAGAACAGGAGGGAUAAGGAGAUACUCCUGGAUAGGACUGGGCAUACUUUACUGGGAUAAAGAAUCCAAUGUGUGGUACCUAAGUGUGCUCAGUGAAGACCUGAGAGGUCAUCACUUCAUCUGCAUCAACAGCUGUGUGGCUACUGCCAGGCCACAGACCUGUUUUCUCCUGUUCUAACACAAAGCCCACGUAGAAGGUGAAAGUGCCUACAGCUUGCCUGCUGAGCCCAGCACAAGGGGGGAGUUUUGGGUCUUUCAAAGUGCACAGAGUUCCAGCCAAAUGGACUCCCAUCCUAGAAUAAAAUGGAGAAUGCUUUGUCUUCUA